UCACCCACCCGCAAGGUUUCUCCCGUUAUAUAUUUAGAAAAUUUAUAGUUAGAUAAAUUUAACACUUUCCCAUUUGUCAUUGUCAAUCUGACAAGGGGCCAGACAGUAAUUGGCUGAGGGAGAACUAAGAAAUACACUAAAGUUACACUACUACAGAAAGCGGGUUAAUAAUCAGAAUAGCAUUGAAAAGGGAUUUUAAUGCGACGUAGUGAGAGAGAGGGUGGAGAAGGUGGGUACUGACGAGCAACACGCACAGAGCGAGAAGGAGGGAGUCUUCUGGCCUCCCUUUCGCGUCCCAUCCCGUCCCUUCGCGGAGCUGCGACCCAGUCUCCAGUUAUUCCAGGAAUGUGCGGAACAUGGCCGCCGGCAUGAAGGCGCAGAAGACUGGGCUACUUGAGCUCCGGGUUUCUGCCGAGCGCUGGGUGCGAGUGUUAGCCUGCCUGACUGAAGAAGCGCUCACUGUGGGUCCCGGGGACACCGCCGUAGAGCCCGCCGCCCCGAACAGCAGCCCGCCCGGCGCAGUGAACGGAGAUCCGUCCAACAUCUGCUCCAAUCCCCCUGUGCCCGAAACGAUCACAAACGUCAAACGCACCGUGCGGGUCGUCAAGCAGGAUGUGGGAGGACUGGGAAUCAGCAUUAAAGGAGGGAAGGAGAACAAGAUGCCCAUUCUCAUCUCCAAGAUUUUCAAAGGGCUCGCGGCCGAUCAAACCGAGGCCCUGUACGUGGGGGAUGCCAUCCUCUCUGUCAACGGCAACGACCUGCGGGAAGUCACGCACGACGAGGCUGUCCAGGCCCUGAAGAAGACGGGCAAGGAAGUCAUUCUGGAAGUGAAGUACAUGAAAGAGAUGUCGGCGUACUUCAGGAACGUCAAUGCUGGGGGGCCGAUACCCUGGGAACCACCAGGAGGAUCCCCCAAAAAGCAAGGGGGGCCUAACUCCACAGCGGAGCCCAAGCUGACCCGAGAGAUACCCUUGAAAAUGUGUCAGGUUACUAAGAAGCAAUGUCCGCCUGACACUGAAAACAGGUACUUCAAGGUCAUCUCCGCUGAUCGAAGAACAUCUCUGUUCCUGCGGGCAAAGGACGCGGCGAUGGCACAGUCGUGGUACAACACCAUUCAGUCUGCUGCCAGUGCCCUGGUUCCUAAGGUGAUAGAGGAGCUGAGAGGCAUGCAUGGUGGCCAGGAGGUCAAGCACAUCGGCUGGCUCACUGAGCAGCCACCACAGGGCCCAGAGAAGUCAGUUUUGGCCAUGCUGACGGAGAGAGACCUCGUCCUUUAUCAUGCCCUGCCUGACAACAGAGAGUCCCUCUGCAGUCCUGAUCAGAGCUACCCCCUCAUUACCACCAGAUUGGUGCAUUCAGGACCUGGGAAGACCUCCACCAUCAUGGAUCCCGAACUCACCUUCGUCCUCCGGAGUGGGACUAGAAAAGGGGUGGAGACCCAUGUCUUUCAGGUUGAUUCGUCCAAGGAGCUCUCGACCUGGACUCACAUGCUCGUGGACGGCUGUCACAGCGCCGCAGAGCUCAUAAAAGAGGUCACCACUGCCUGCAACUGGAAUGGGAAGGAGUGCAUCUUGGGCAUACACAUCGAGGAGGGCUUCACCAUCUUCACGGAGGAGCCCGGCUCCAGGAAGACGGUCCUGCUGCAGCGGCCCUUCGAAAAGCUCCGGAUGUCUUCUGAUGACAACGUGCGUACGAUGGUCUUGGACUUCGGCGGACCGGAAGCGGAGAUCCAACUGGACCUCCAUUCUUGCCCAAAGACCGUCGUGUUUAUCCUGCACUCCUUUCUGUCUGCUAAGGUUAGACGGCUAGGCCUCUUCGCAUGACAACAGCAGCCAGGUGGAUCUGAGCCAUCAAAGUGCUUUAGCAGCGAGAACUCAGGGGCUGGGAAGCCCACCGUGUUUUAACCAAACCACCGUGGAGAAGCGAAGCCCUCUUUUCUUCAACAAAAGGAAACCGACAAUGGAACCCGUCCCACUUACACACAGAGCAAUGAGGCCUUAGGGGCAAACAGCCACAAACCCAUAACUGUCCAGUGAAAUUUCAUACCUUUCUCAUAACAACCAAAAAAACAAAAGAACAAUCUUCUUGUCCACAUUGUUUUUAGUGCCAUACGAUUUGUGCCUAUCAGCCUCUUGAAGGUGAUGUUGGGUGACAGAGGCGUCAGAGUAGCUGUGUACCCCGGACAGCAUCAUCUGUUUAUUACGUCGAGUCGAGAUAAACUUGUUAGAUUUCCAUGAGGGUGACCUAUGCUGUCCUGGGAAGAAGACAUGGGCUGUACCAUCUCGUCUAAAGUACACAAUUUUCACAUCUUCCUAUGAGCACAUAAUGCAGCAUAUCACCAUACUAUUUUUAUUUUUUUUUGCAUCGUUAUAGUCAUAUUUUAAUUGUAGUCAUACUAUGCAUUUGGGUCUUGUUGCCCUUCACUCAAAGUGAGGCAGUAAGAAAGUUCUAAUCAAUGACCUGUGAAGGUACAGAAAGCAGCGUUUGUAGAAUUCAAAGCAUUUACAUGGCUGUUCUUGACUUUUUAUUACUUAUCUACAAAUAGAUAAUGCCACAUUAAUGAUGAAACUAGGCUUUGGUAUGAAUCAUUUAUUUAUAUACUGUAUAUAGUAUAUCGCAUACUAAUACUGAAAUAUUUUAUUUUGUGGAGAACUUGUUUUAAAUUUAUGCAGAAAUCAGGAUGCUUGCAGUCCUGCCAUUGUCCCUCUGCCUUCUGCGAGUAAAAUAUAAUAAUCCUAACGAAAGAACACAAUAAACGCGAUCUCAGGAUGUUGUUUUGUGUAAGAAUUUUAAAAGACAACAGGUUGUGCUGAAAACCGAACCCACGGUUAAAAACCAUUAUACACAUUUUAAAUCAGUGUAUUACCAUUAUAAGAGCAAGGCAAUGAGAAAUACAAAUUACAUUCAUGAUAUAUUACUUAACUGGCAGUAUGUAAAGAUACAGACACAUAUAUAUGGCAGUGUUUUUGAAACUUUCAGUAUGGUAUUUCAGCAGUGCUUAAAAAUCUAUUUAAAUAAAUAUAUUUUAAACUAAAACACAUUAAAAUAAUUGUGUGCCUUGUAAGGUUGAUUGUAUAAAGAAAAAGAGUAAUAAACCUGGAUUUAUUAACCUUUA